AUGGCAAGCUUUGCCGUGGUGGAGCCAGAUAGCGCAUCUGAGGAGCUGGUGUCCCGUCGCUCAUGGCCGGUGAAGAAGACCUUGUGUGUGGCUGGAGUCCUUUUGGCAGUGGUGGGCCUGGGAUCUCUGCGCUUCUCCAACCAAUGCCUUAAUUUGGAUGCCUUACAGGGAAAGUCCGAGGCGCAGAUGGAUGAGGCUCUUCUCAAGACGCGCAAGAAGCUCCUGGAGGUGAAGAAUCGCAGCCUGGCAGAGAAGACCAUUUUGAAGGCCAUGCAGAAAGCUGGCCACGAUGCGCAAAAGGAUUGGGAGGAGCAUCACAUCCGCAAGCUGGACACCUUGACGGUUCUGAAGGACCGCCAGGCCAUCAAAGACUUCCGCCGUGGGCAGCACAACAAGGAAGCUGGACAUGCGGAAUGCGCCUUCAACAUUUUGGAGGCCUUUGUCUCGGUGGUGGGCAUGGGCGACGACAUCAACGGCAUCGUCCGCACCUGCCCUCCUCCCCGCGACGGGGAGUCUGAGUUGGCGUGCCAGGUGGACGCAUCCAUCCUGGUGGCAUGGGUGGGCAACGCCGCGGCCAAGAUUUCCCUCGCGGCCUCCAACUGCGCUCUGUCGCUGAACGUCGACUCGGUCUGCGCGGCGGGCGUCACCGGCCUGGUGGCCGCCUUUGGCGAGAUCUCCGCGGGCGCCUGCCUGGGCGCGGCGGUUUGCACGCCGACGCCCCCAUCUUUGACCACUACCAAGAUCAGCGUGUUGGGUGAUCAGACAGUGCGCACGCCUGAAGCUGGGCGUCGUUUGUUGAUCGGUGAAGGGCCAGUUGGAAAUGGCGUCCAGUGUGGUGUGGAUGUGGGCAUGGUGGCGGCCAACAUCGCCAACAUCGGUUUGGCCAUCAACAAGGCAGUGAACGUGAAUCGCUGCGGAAAGUUCGCGACUGAGAAGAACCCCUUGAACGUCCUGAAGGGCAUUCCAGAUGCGCUGUGCACUGUGGACAUUGCUGGAGCUGUCGCAUACAUCAGUCAGGUCGUCACCUUCAUCAACCUCAUCGUCGUUCACUGCCAGGACUUCCUGGAUGUCAGCGCCCUGUGCGGCGGUUCCAUCGCCGCCAUCACCACCGGAGGUGCUGCCAUUGCUGCCUAUGGCGGCGCGGUGCACGCCGCCUGCCGCUACAACCACCUCCUGAAGACUCCGAAAGCCGUGGCGAAGAUCAAUGAGCUCUACACCCUUCCGGACCCCUUGCACCGCCGCUUGGAGGCGGAGGAGCAAGAGGAGCAGAUGCCUUUGGAGGAGAGCCUUAAGAUUAUGAACCAGAACAAGCUGAACUUGCAGAAGCACUUGGGCCACCUGGGGAUGAACAUCUCACACACUCAGAGCUACACCCAGGCUGACAAGGAGACCUUCUUGCGCUUGAUGGAGGGCGGUUUGGACACACCACGCGCGGCCGGACCCUUCCAGGAGUGUUAG